AUGGCGGCCCGGGCGCUGGUUUCGCGGCCGGCGGCUCCGCUUCUGUGGCUGCUGCCGCUCUUCCCCCUCCUCCUCCUCCUCGGCGCGGCCCCUCCGCCGGCCCCGCGUCCCUCCCCCGGCCGCUACUCGCCCGACUGGGCCAGCCUGGACGCGCGGCCGCUGCCCGGCUGGUUCGACGAGGCCAAGGUGGGCGUCUUCCUCCACUGGGGCGUCUUCGCCGUGCCGGCCUGGGGCUCGGAGUGGUUCUGGUGGCACUGGAAGGGCGAGCGCAGGCUCGACUACGAACUCUUCGUCCGCUCGCGCUUCCCGCCCGGCACCGCCUACGCAGACUUCGCACCGCGCUUCACCGCCCGCGACUUCCAGCCCCACGCGUGGGCCAGCCUCUUCCAGAAAGCCGGAGCCAGGUACGUGGUGCUGACUGCGAAGCAUCAUGAAGGUUUCACAAACUGGGGGUCCCCUGUGUCCUGGAACUGGAACUCGAUGGACACAGGGCCCCAUCGAGACUUGGUGGGAGAGCUGGGGGAAGCCCUCAGAGGAAGGAAUAUACAUUAUGGACUGUACCAUUCCUUGUUUGAGUGGUUUAAUCCACUCUAUGUAGAGGACAAAAAAAGCGGGUUCAAGAGCCAGUAUUUCGUGUUGGAGAAAACGCUGCCAGAGCUUUAUGACCUUGUUAUAAGAUACAAGCCGGAUAUCAUUUGGUCCGAUGGAGAAUGGGAGGCUCCGGACACAUACUGGAACUCUACCUCUUUCCUUGCCUGGCUUUACAAUGAUAGUCCAGUAAAGGACACUGUCGUGGUGAACGAUCGGUGGGGCAUAAACUGCUCCUGCCAUCAUGGAGGGUACUACAAUUGUCAAGAUAAAUACAAGCCCGGCACUCUGCCGACCCACAAGUGGGAGAUGUGCAGCUCUAUCGACAAGAGUUCGUGGGGAUAUCGGAGCAACAUGAAAAUUAAUGAACUCAUGGAUACCUCCAGCAUAAUUAAGGAACUUGUGAGCACUGUGAGCUACGGAGGAAAUUACCUUCUCAACAUCGGUCCCACCAAAGAAGGGGUGAUCGCCCCAAUCUUCCAGGAGAGGCUGUUGGCAAUGGGGAAGUGGCUGGAUAUUAACGGGGAGGCUAUUUACGCAUCGAAGCCCUGGAGAGUUCAGAAGGAGAAUGGCACCGCCAGCGCAUGGUACACUUCAAAAAAACCUGCAGUUUACACUAUCUUUUUUACCUGGCCGGAAGACAGUGUGUUGUACCUUCCAUCUCCAGACUUAACGGCAGGCACGCAAGUGACCAUGUUGGGGUUCCCUGCGUCCUUGAAGUGGCAAAAGGCCCCAGGCGGAGGAUUGCACAUCACGCUGCCCUCGACAGUCCCCUCCCUUCUCCCGCUGCAGCACGCCUGGACUCUCAAGCUAGUUGGAGUAGAAUAA